AUGAGUAAGUACUAUGAUCAAGAGUGGACAUUGUGGGAUCGUUUUGAUGUGCAGGGACUGCAACCUAGUGGUGAGGAGAUGACCCUCAAGCAGUUUCUAGACUACUUUAAGACAGAGCACAAACUGGAAAUCACCAUGCUGUCCCAGGGUGUGUCCAUGCUGUAUUCCUUCUUUAUGCCAGCCACCAAGCUCAAGGAACGGUUGGAUCAGCCGAUGACAGAGAUCGUGAGCCGUGUGUCAAAGCGAAAACUGGGCCAUCAUGUGAAGUCCCUUGUGUUUGAGCUGUGCUGCAACAAUGAGAGUGGAGACGACAUCGAGGUUCCUUAUGUACGAUACAUCAUCCGCUGAUCUCUUACUCAAUUCUUUCAGUUCUCUCAGACUACAUCAAGACCUUUCUAGUUAUGAUGAAACCUGAGUUUAAACCUCCUUGUUCCUAAGGCCUUUGUUUAGUGCUGUUUUUACAUUGUUAAGUACUGGAAUUCAUAAUAAUAAAUUUUCAGCUUGUGA